AUGGCCGGAUGGCUUCCAUCUAAAAUUCUUUAUUCUUUGUUGGGAUAUCUUGAAGAUGACGUUAUGUUGGUGUUCAAAGAAUUACAAGAUAAAUGUUUCAUGGAUUGGAGGCUUAAAAAUUCUUUCGUAGCUUUAGUUCCAAAAAAAGAAACAAUAGAAGAGAUCAAAGAUUUGAGACCCAUUAGUCUGAUUCAUGGUAUGUAUAAAAUUAUUUCUAAGGUUCUUGCACAUAGAUUCAAGGAAGUUCUUCCAUCAAUUAUUUCUUCUCAUCAGUCUGCUUUCAUCAAGAAAAGACCAAUCCUAGAUGAAGUGCUUGUGGCUAAUGAACUUAUUGAUUCAAGAAGAAGAAGUGGAAAAGCAGGGUUACUAGUGAAGGUGGACUUUGAAAAGGCUUUUGAUCAUGUUAGAUGGGACUUCUUAGAUGAAAUUCUUGCUCUUAUGAAUUUUGGUGAAAAAUGGAGAAAAUGGGUGAGAAUAUGUGAAGCUAUUUCUUUUAUGAUUAAGAAUGCUCAGGAACAAGGUUUCAUUGCAGGUUUUCAAGUGACAAAUGGUGGUAAGAUGAUUAGUCAUUUGCAAUUUGCAGAUGACACUUUAAUUUUCUUAGAUGCUGAUAUUGAUCAAAUUAAGCAUCUCAGACUGUUACUGUUGGCUUUUGAACAACUCACAGGUCUUAAAAUUAACUUUGCAAAAAGUCAAAAUUUUGGAGUAGGUUAUGAUGGUGAUUUAUCUCAAUUUUAUUCUUUACUAGGCUGCUAUAAUGGAAUGUUACCAACUACUUAUUUAGGCUUGCCCUUGGGUGACAAAAGUGGAGGAGUUGAUAAAUGGGACAAAGUUGUUGAUAAGUUCACUGUGAGAUUGUAUGGAUGGAAUAGAACUAUGAUGAAUAGAGCAGGUAAAAUCAUCCUUAUUAAGAAUGUUCUUUCCAGUCUUCCUGUUUAUUAUAUGUCACUUUUUGUUAUGCCAGUUUCUGUUGCUAAGAAGCUAGGAAAAAUUAUGAGGAAUUUUCUUUGGAAUGACAAGUCCAACAAAAAGAAGAUGAAUCUAGUGAAAUGGCCUACUCUAUGA